AUGCCUGUCGUCAAGGGAGGUGUCUGGACCAAUAUCGAGGACGAAGUCCUUCGUGCGGCCGUAUCGAAAUAUGGUCUCAACCAAUGGGCCCGAGUUUCUUCGCUUCUCGCUCGAAAGACCCCGAAGCAAUGCAAAGCGCGCUGGAUAGAAUGGUUGGACCCGGGUAUUCGCAAGGUCGAAUGGUCGCGUGAGGAAGACGAGAAGCUUUUGCACCUGGCCAAAUUGAUGCCCACGCAAUGGCGCACUAUCGCCCCUAUCGUCGGUCGGACCGCCACACAAUGUCUCGAACGGUAUCAAAAACUACUGGACGAGGCGGAAGCCCGUGAGAAUGAUGAUUUGGGAUUGGGAGGACCUGAAGGAGGAGAGUCCGCUGCUCCCAGCGCCGAUGACGUCCGACGUCUACGCCCCGGCGAGCUGGAUCCCGACCCCGAAUCGAAGCCCGCCCGCCCUGACACUAUCGAUCUGGACGAGGAUGAGAAAGAGAUGCUUAGCGAAGCUCGUGCGCGUCUCGCCAAUACACAGGGUAAAAAGGCGAAGCGCAAGGCCCGUGAACGCCAGCUGGAAGAGUCGCGCCGUUUGGCUGUGUUGCAGAAGCGCCGUGAGCUCAAGCAUGCCGGAAUUAACGUCAAGGUGGUUACCCGUAAGCCGGGUCAGAUGGAUUACAACGCCGAUAUCCCAUUCGAGAAGCCGGCCGCACCUGGAUUCUACGAUACCAUCGAGGAGCAAGCCACCAAUGAACGCCAGCGAGAGAUGUUCGACCCUCGAAAGCAGCAACUGGCCAAUAAGCGAAAGGGAGACCAAGACGAGGAUAAUGAGCGCAAAAAACAAAAGAGCGACAAGAACAGCACUUCGGCUGCUUCAGCUGCCGCCGCGCGUGCCGGCCAAAUGCAGAAGAUCCGUGAAGCAGAGCAAAGCAGCAAGCGACGGGGUCUGAAUCUGCCGGCGCCGCAAGUCAGCGAAGGCGAGAUGGAGGAUAUUAUCAAGAUGGGCAUGGCCGGAGACAAGGCUAGCCGGAUGAGUGCCGAUGAAGAGAUGACUCGGGGUCUUAUUGGAAACUACGGAGCUAUUGUUGGAGGAACUCCCAUCAGAACACCCCGAGCCGCCCCCGAAGAAGAUCACAUCGCCAAUGAAAUUAAGAACAUUCGGGCGUUGACCGAAACACAAUCGUCUCUGCUUGGAGGUGACAACACUCCCCUUCACGAGGGUGGCUCUUCCACUGGCUUUGAUGGAAUUGCUCCUCGACGACAAGAUAUUGUUACUCCCAACCCGAUGGCCACACCAUUCCGCCAGGCCAACGGCGUGGGUGCAACUCCUCUACAGGGUGGUAUUGGGCCUGGUGCCACGCCGCUCCGGACGCCUCGAGACCACUUCGCUCUUAACCGGGAAGGAGCCCAGCCUGUUGGAAGUACCCCCCCGUGA